AUGACUUUUUUGAACUUUCGUUUGAACGCUUGUCCGAUUUGCCUUAUUUGCUUAGAUUGUCAAAACAUAUAUGGCCAAGAUUGUAUUUGUCAAGCAAGAGUAGUAAUAUGGAAAAGGAAAAAAGUUGAACGCGAUUAUGUAGUAGAUUUUUGCCAUAGACCUCUUACACAAAAAGGCGCUACAAAUCAAAAAAGUCCAUUAGACUUAGAAUUUGUUAAUUGGGGUUUUGCUAAUAUUUCUUCGAAUAUUGAUUUUUCACCAAUUCCAAAUAAUGUAAAUAUUUGUCAAAGGUGUAUGAUGGAAUAUCGUGGCAAAAAGAAUGAUUCAAUAAAUAAGCAGUUUAUUCCAAAUAAUUUGAUCUCUGUGAAAGAAAACUGUAUUGCUGUAAGAGACCAUAUUGUUGUGAAAGAAGAUUGUAUUAUUGUGAAAGAAAAUUCUAUUGAUUUUUCAGUUGAUUCAGCUGCUUUGAAAAGUAAUGUGUUACCUGCUCCAUCAAGUCUACCAAAUGAUGUACAAUCUAUGUCAAAAAUAUCAAAACCUGAUUUACGAUAUAUUCCAUUAGUUUGUUUUGACAAACUUAAACAACCACGAAAAAAACUUGAUGGUGCAAUUGACAUACCCUAUGAUUUAAAUAAUUUGACUACAUUUGGUCAAAUUGAAGAAGAGAUUUUAUCUCGUAACCUUCCAAAAGAAUGGGGAAAAAUAGAAAUUGGUCUCAUAUGUUAUCAAAAAAGUUCUAAUCCUAAAGCAGAUCACUUUAAUUUAAAAUCAAGUGAUUCUAUUGUGGCAUUUGUUGCGGAAUGGAAAAAAAAUAAGAAGAUGCAAUUAUGUGUAUAUUCUGAAAGACAAUAUAAGAGAAAAGAAAUAAUUUAUGGAAGUUCUGUGGUUGAGGAUGAUGAUAUAGAGGAGCCUGUAUCAAAAAAACUUCGUACGUCAGAAUCUGAUUCUGGUUCACCAUUGAAUAUUACAAAAUUAGAAAUAUAUAAAAAUCUUCCUAAAUGCGAAUAUUAUCUUCAAGGUUGUUUAAUUGCAGAAGAUGGACGUCAUUUUAAAUUAAAUAAUGAAAUGAUUAUAAUUUGGGCAAGAGCAAUACUUUCUAAAAUCAAUGGAGUUGAUGCAACUCAUCCACCAUUAACUAAGCUUUUUGAUAAAAUUAAUUACCGUUAUCCAAACUCUAAAAGACCUUUGGAAGAUCACAAUAAUAUUAUUUCCACUGAUGAUUCUCCAAUUGAAACUCCAAUCUUAUCAAAGAAAAUAAAACCUAAUUUAGCUACUGUGCAUCUUAAAAAAAAAUCACCAUACAAGUCAAAUAUUCAAAUAACUAAGGGAAUGACCUUCCAAGAUCUCAUUAAAUAUGUAUUCCCAAUGGGUCCUCCAGAGGGAAAGAGAUUUGUCAUUAAAUCUUCACUUAAUACAGAUGGAAAGACUUUUUUAUCAGAACAGAUAAUUUAA